UCGUUGCAGUAUUCACUGACCAUUUGGCGAGCUCCCCUUAUCCAUCUCACCAUAAUCAUAAUUCCCCCCUUAUUCCUAUUCCUAUUCCCAUUUUUUUCCUUAUUCUCUAUUCCUCAUCUCUCUCCCUCUCUUCUUAUUCUCCCCGACUUAUUCUUCGACUUAUUCUCCGAUCGACAAUGUGCGGAAUACUAGCCGUGCUCGGCUGCUCCGACGAUUCGCAGGCCAAAAGAGUUCGAGUUCUCGAGCUCUCUCGCAGGUUGAAGCAUCGAGGCCCGGAUUGGAGCGGAUUGCAUCAAUUUGGAGAUAACUUUUUAGCGCAUCAACGACUAGCGAUCAUCGAUCCUGCAUCUGGAGAUCAGCCUCUCUACAAUGAAGACAAAACCAUCGUCGUCACGGUGAAUGGAGAGAUUUACAACCAUGAAGAACUGAGGAAAAGCUUGGCUAAUCACAAAUUUAGGACAGGAAGUGAUUGCGAAGUUAUUGCUCACUUGUAUGAGGAACAUGGAGAAGGAUUUGUCGACAUGUUGGACGGCAUCUUCUCAUUUGUUUUACUGGACACUCGCGACAACAGCUUCAUCGCCGCUCGCGAUGCAAUCGGAAUCACUCCGCUCUACAUCGGAUGGGGGCUUGAUGGAUCUGUUUGGAUAUCGUCAGAGAUGAAGGGACUGAACGAUGAUUGCGAACACUUUGAGGUGUUCCCUCCGGGUCACUUAUACUCGAGCAAAGAAGGCGGUUAUAAGAGGUGGUAUAAUCCGCCGUGGUAUUCGGAGGCGAUUCCGUCGGUUCCUUACGAUCCCCUCGUCCUCAGAAAGGCAUUUGAGAAUGCUGUAAUCAAGAGGCUUAUGACUGAUGUUCCUUUCGGAGUUUUAUUAUCCGGUGGGCUCGAUUCGUCGUUGGUUGCUGCCGUCACUGCACGGCAUCUCGCUGGAACGAAAGCGGCAGAACAGUGGGGCACUCAACUCCAUUCCUUCUGUGUUGGCUUAGAGGGCUCGCCUGAUCUAAAGGCUGCAAGAGAGGUUGCCAAUUAUCUGGGAACUGUCCACCAUGAGUUUCACUUCACUGUUCAGGAUGGUAUUGAUGCAAUUGAGGAUGUGAUCUACCACAUUGAGACUUACGACGUGACGACGAUAAGAGCUAGCACACCUAUGUUCCUCAUGUCGCGUAAGAUCAAGUCGCUCGGAGUUAAGAUGGUGAUCUCAGGGGAAGGUUCGGACGAGCUUUUUGGCGGCUACCUGUAUUUCCACAAGGCACCUAAUAAGGAAGAGUUCCACCGCGAGACGUGCCGCAAGAUAAAAGCCCUUCAUCAGUAUGACUGCCUACGAGCAAAUAAGGCGACAUCAGCCUGGGGUUUGGAAGCUCGCGUGCCUUUUCUCGAUAAGGAGUUCAUUAAUGUCGCGAUGAGCAUUGAUCCUGAGUGGAAAUUGAUCAAGCCCGAUCUUGCACGAAUCGAGAAGUGGGUGCUGCGAAAGGCUUUUGAUGAUGAGGAAAACCCCUACCUCCCUAAGCAUAUUCUGUAUAGACAGAAAGAGCAAUUCAGUGAUGGUGUUGGCUACAGUUGGAUUGAUGGUCUAAAAGCACACGCCUCCGAGCACGUGACUGAGAAAAUGAUGCAAAACGCGGCGCAUAUAUACCCACAUAACACACCAACAACAAAGGAGGCAUACUACUACAGAAUGAUCUUCGAGAGGUUCUUCCCGCAGAAUCCUGCGAGAUUGACAGUGCCAGGGGGUCCCAGUGUGGCUUGCAGCACUGCAAAAGCUAUCGAAUGGGACGCGCAAUGGUCGGGCAAUCUCGACCCGUCGGGCCGUGCAGCUCUCGGAGUUCAUUUGUCGGCUUACGACCAUCCCUUACCGGCUGCCAUCGCGACCGGCAACAAGAAAACAAGGAUGGUGGAAGUGCCAACUCCAGAGCUUGUAAUUAGCUCCUGAUUAUUCAGCAGUAGUACCCAAAAAUUAUACUGAGUUGUUGAUCCCAGUAUUAGAAUAUUGUGACUUAUUGGGAUCAAAUGAGUGGUGUGUGACUUGAGCUGAGCUUGUUUUAUCUUUUAAUUUUUCUAGUUGGUUGCAUGUAUAAUGAAUGCAAUCAGUUUUCUCUGCAGUGUUUGUGACUUUUAUCAUAACCCAAGAUGAUGAUCAAAUUGCUCAUAAAA